AUUACUCUCACGGCAUCUUCCUUGCUGCCAAAGCAAAACAAGCCCAUAAAUCCUUUCAUUUCUCCCUCUGGCUCUGAUCAUUGCGAAUUGUGUAUCUGCACUGAGGUUUUUGUACUACUGUAAAUAGAGAGGACAAAAGAAGCUAACGGAAUUGGUGAUUCCGUUUGGAUUAGCUAUUUUUAAAGGUGUUUUUGAAAUAUUUUACUGUAGCAGCAUUUUUUUAAAAUUUUUACCAAAGAUGUUUUUUGUGGUGUUUUUGGAAUAUAUUUUGGGGACGUAUUUUGUGAUGCUUUUUGUGAUGUUUUUGAAGGUGUUUUUGAAAUUUAUUUUCGGGUGCCUUUUAAAAAUAAAAAAAAAAUUAGAAUACUUUUUAAAAAUUUUUAGAAUAUUUGAAAAGCAGGCGAAUCCAAACGGAGUUGAGGGCAAUGUAGAGGCUCUAGAGCAGUGUGAUCAAGCACAUGAUGAGGAACAUAUGCAGUAUGUCCCUUCGGAAUUGGUUGGUUGUCCUGGGAAUGAGUCUGAGACAUUGUAUCAUUGCUACCAAAUUGCUCUUCAGCCUGAUUUUAGUUGCAACACCAUGCCUCACGAUAUUUUGCUUGCUACAAGAGCAAGGCUUGAAUUUGAUGAUGAGACUCUGAAUUUUGAGUUAGAUGUGCCCAGAGGCAGCUUAAAGAUACGAAUGAAAUAUGUUAGACGUAUUAAACUCGCGUCUGAAGAGGUUGUUCUUUGCCAGAAGUUUCAAGUUACACUUUUAAGGCUGCUCCUUGAUCACAAUCAGAAUAAGCUUAAGGAAGCAUUGAGUGGAUUAAAUCGAAACAGUCAACGUGAUGUCUUUGAUUAUCUUCUGAUUCCAUCUACAAGCCCGCAUGAAAAUCCAUCAAUUGAUUGGAAGUGUGUUAGUUCUGUUCUAUUUCCUCAGGGAAACAUGUCAGAUAAGCAUAUGCAUGGUUGUUCUAACAGAGUUCAAGUGCACACAAUAAAUGGAUUGAUCUGCCGCUGCACAUUGCAGAAUUCUUUGGUUGUGACUCCUCAUGAUGGUUUUAUGUAUUGCACUACUGGCAUUUUGGAUGAUCCGAACAGCCGGAAAAGAAGAGGAUCUAUUACUUAUAAACCAAACUUUGCAAAACGGCAUGGGAUCACAUUGCGUUUUGAGGGAGAACCAUUUCUUUGUGGACAGCGUCUGUUUAAGGUGCAGAACUGUCUUCUGGGAUGUAGGAAUCAAGAGACAAAAGGCUCGAGAAAGGCAUCAGUUGAGUUGCCUCCAGAACUUUGUAAAGUGAUCAUGUCUCCCAUAUCCAUUGGUUCAGUAUCUUCCUUCGCAUAUGCUCCAUCCAUCAUACAACGGAUAGAGUCCUUCUUAACAGCUGGCAACUUGAAAAGAAUGCUAAUGGACGACUGCAAGCUCAAUGAUAUGAUUCCGACGAUCAAGGUCUUAGAGGCAAUUACGACUAAAAAUUGCCGAGAGAAUUUUCAUUUGACAUCAUUGGCAACCAUUGGAGACUCCUUCUUGAAAUAUGCUACAAGUCAACAACUAUUCAAGACACAUCAAAAUCACAACAAUGGUCUUCUUACUGAGGAGAGAACAAAAAUCGUCUCCAACCUCGCACUCUGCAAGCUGGGAUGCGAUAAGAAGAUAUCGGGGUUUAUCCGCAAUGAAUGUUUUGAUCCUAAAACAUGGAUCAUACCUGGUGAUAACUCUCAAACCUACACACUGCGGAAAGAAGUGCUUUCAACUAGAAUAAUUGUUUAUGCCAGGGAGAAAAGGACGAUUAAAAAUAAGACGGUUGCUGAUGUAAUUGAGGCCCUUAUUGGUGUAUUCAUUUGUACGACAAGUGAAAGAGCAGCCUUAGCGUUUAUGAAAUGGAUGGGUUUUGAAGUUGACUUCGUUUAUGUUCAGUACAAAAGGCCAGUCGCUGCAAAUCCAGAGAAGCUGGUUGAUCUCAGAUUUUUCAAGUCUCUAUUGAAUCAGUACUCAUUCCGUGAUGCUUCUCUCCUUGUUGAAGCACUUACUCAUGGUUCUUACGUGCGACCCGAGAGCCCCACAUCCUAUGAGCAUCUGGAAUUUCUUGGGGAUGCGGUGCUGGAUUAUCUCAUCACCAAGCACUUCCACAAUGAGCAUCCCAAUCUGUCUUCUGGAUUAUUAACAGAUUUAAGGUCAGCUUCUGUGAACAAUGACUGCUGUGCACGAACUGCAAUUAGAGCUGGGCUUCAUAAGCACAUUCUACAUGAUUCACAAGACCUGCAGCGGCGCAUUCUUGCCAUUGCUGAAAAUUUUGAGCAGUCAUCACGAGACUCGACUUUUGGGUGGGAGUCAGAGCCAGUAAUCAAGAUUCUUGCAGAUAUUAUAAAAUCUCUUGCCGGGGCAAUAUAUGUUGAUUCUGGAUAUGACAAAGGGGUUGUAUUUCAAAGCAUAAAGCCACUUCUUGAGCCUCUGCCUACCCCUGAGACUUUAAAGCUCCAACCUGUGAGGGAACUGGAGGAAUUUUGUGCAAAGCAACACUUUGACAUGAACAAGUCUGUCACAUAUGAAAAUGGUGAGGUAUCCGUCAAGCUUGAAGUUCAUGCAAAUGGUGCUACUCACAUAUGUCAGGAAUCUGCGGCAAACAAGGAUGCAGCAGAAAAAAAAGCAUCCCUGGCUAUGUUGGAGAUGCUAAAGGGAAAAUUUGUCAAGGAGGAGGAGGAUGGCAAGCUUAAGGCUAAUGCAAAUGGUGUCCCUUGUGCUCGUAGACCAACUGCUGCAAACAAGAAGACAGCAAGAAAAACAGCAUCCAUGGAUAUUCUGUCGAAGCUAAAGAAAAAUUAGUUACGCCGGGGAGAGCCACAUACAACCCUGCCUGUCUUGUGAAAUCAAACAAGUCAGAUAGCCUUUUGGCUGGAUCAUAUAAGAUACUGAUGAUGUUUUUAUUCCAAAAAAAAAAAAAAAAAAAAACUUGCUUAACAUCAUGAUCAUCAUCGGAAAGAUGAUUCAGAUUGUCGGUGUUUUUGCCGCCUUCACGGUUUCCAUCAUUGUAAAUAUUCUGUAACGGCACUGGUAAAUUACACUUUGGAACACA